UUGAAAUAUUUACUGUUACUGGAUAAGGACAAUUGUGCCUUCGGUAGCUUGAAGUGGCAGCUGCUAAUAGUUUUAAUAUGGACUACUAAUUUUUAGAUAAUUGGUACAAGAUAAAGAGUUAGACAACCACCAUGAAUCCUUGUGUUAAAGGCAUUGAUGAGGAUAGUAGGAUAUUAGCGGUGUCGAAGUGUCUGGAGGAUGCGCUGGAAGCGGCUCUGCGCAACGCGCUUGAGCUCGCGCUAAAGAUCGCAAUGACUGAAUUCAGCAGACUGACGGAUCAGGCGCUGCGAGAUGUCAGGGAUCAGAUACACGAAAGCCAGCAAGAGAACAUCACCCUUAAACUACGACUACAACACAUCCAUGCUGAACAUGACAACCCAAAACUCACAAAUCAGAGCAGGAUUAAAUCAACGGGGAGCGUGCCUGAAACGCAGGAGUCUGAUGGUGUCAACGGUGCAAAUAUGAACAAGGAAGAUACCUCAGACCCAGAAAAGAAGUUUAAGACAAUUCACACACAACACACAGAUAACAUACAACACGUAGACCCCAGUGAUCAGGACCCAUCAUCGUCUGAGCUUGUGUUUGAACAGGUUAAGGUGGAAAAUGAAAAGCCAGAACCAGAGGAUCAAGGACCCAGCAUUGAAAUCAGUUGGUCAUCCAGUGGCUGUGUCUCUUCAUUCUCCACCCCAUUUGAUGGCCUCAACCAAUCAGUCGACAAGACCUCCCUCACCCAGUCGACCCAAAACUGUAGAGAAGUGAGAACUGUCCAGUCCAGUCUAUAUGUUUGUAAAUUCUGUGGUUAUGCAUUUCAUACUGAAAGCGAUCGGCGUAAUCAUCACAUGCAGUAUCACAAGCCUGUAUUAAAGGGGAAGGGUGUAAAUGCAACCAGGAUGAAGAAGCAAAAACAGCAGCGUUUCCCACCUGGAUGCAGCCCAUUUCACUGCACUGUCUGCAACCAGCGCUUCAAACGUCUGGAGAACUUGAAGAUUCACUUGCGGAUACACACCGAAAACAAUACCUCAGAUCACAUACAACAGGUAGAGCCAAGUGAUCAGGACCUGUCAUCAUUUCAGCCAAAGUUUGAGCAGGUUAAGGUGAAGAAUGAAAAGGCAGAACCGGACUUGGAUGGCAGUUCUGGGUGUGAUUUUGAUGAUCGACCAGACUGUAGUUUUGACCGAAGGUCUAAUGAGGAGUUUGAGCUGGACAGAAUAGCUUUGGCCCAGUCUAAACUGUCAGAGGAUUGGAGGCCCGAUUCAGAGCUGCAAAAGAAUGAGACUGAAAGUUUGGAUCCAGGACCCAGCCUUGGUACCUCAGAAAUCCUUGUGCCAUCAAGUGGCUGUGUAUCUUCAUUGUCCACUCCAUUUGAUGGACUCUACCAAUCAGCAGUCAAGACUUCCCUCACCCAGCCACCCGAAAAUUGUAGACACCAAGUGAGGACAAAUGUGCAAUCCAAGCUGUAUGUUUGUAAAUUCUGUGGUCAUUCAUUUCAUAGUGAAAGUGAUCAGCGUAAUCAUCACAUUCAGUAUCACAAGCCUGUAAAGAGAGUAGGGAAAGGUGACAAUGCAACCAGGCCAAAAGAACGAAAACAGCAACUUUUUCCUCCUGGCUGCAGCCCGUUUCAUUGCGACGUGUGCAAUCGGGACUUCAAUCGCCUGGAGAACUUAAAGACUCAUUUGCGGAUACACACUGGUGAGCGUCCGUACUCCUGUUCAGUUUGUGGGAUACGGUUUCGUCACGGAGGGGCACUGACACGACAUUUCCGCAUUCACACUGGGGAAAAACCUUACGUGUGUUCCGAGUGUGGAAAGAGUUUUAGGAACUGUGGGGGUCUACGCUUUCACCAGAAAUCACACAGUCAAGUGCAUUCCUUGAGUAGUUGAUGCUGCAGAGUGUAUAUGAUAAGAUAUUUUGCCUUUACCAAAGGGAAUUAUGAGUGAACAGCAAACCGCUCUCCCAAGAUUCACAUUAUCUUUAUGGUUUAGCUGAUCGUGUGUUUGUUAAUUGUACGCAUCUGUUGUUAUUAAUGUAAGUUAUACCAUGGUCUGUUUGAAUACUGGAUUCUGAUUGGCUGGAAGGUGUGCAUUAAAAGCCUUUAACGCACGGGUAGCUCCUGUCAGUUUGAUUACAUUUAAAAUUAAUUGACAAAAUAACUGUCAUUUUCACCUGUUUGAUCUAAAAUGACACUGUAAACAUCAAUAAAAGCUUUAACUUGGCAAAUAACCAUGGUAUAAGCGGGAUAAUCCACGGCUAGCCUUGGAUUAUCCCUUAUUUAAUAACCUGAGAUUUUAAGAACCAUCACAGAGAUUACAUGAAUUCAACAUCAGUUUUAAUAAGAGAAAAGCACUCUGUUUGUGCCUUUAACCCAGUGUCAUUAACCUUUGUGGCACAUGCAAUCAUGUUUAAGGUCCAUAACACAGUUCCCUCUGUUGCAUCUUGCAUUAAAAUUGCUGUGAUAAUAAAUUAGAAAUGGUGAAGUAACAACUUGUAUUUUGAUUUUUACCUGACCUAAAAUAAAUACUGUAUCAAAAGCUACAAGAACCAUGUUUUCCACAUCAGUGUUGUGAGUACUGUUACUUAGAAUUGAGAAGAACAAACUUUUGUUUCACAGUGGAGAUCAUGGAAUUAUUUUGCAUUUGCUCCUAUUAAACCAUGUAUGGAGA